ACAUAUUUUAAAAUGUCCGACUAAAUGUUUAUGUCAUUUUAUUUUUAUUUCUUUAGUGGUUAUAGGCCGGAAUAUGUGGAAAACGUCAAAUAAAAUUGAUAUAAACCUGAAAGAAGACUGCUUUAACGAAUUAAUCGAGGAGUGCAGACAUGGGUCGCCCGGUGCAAAAUUAUCAUAUAACCUUCGCACACGUUUAGAAAAGUUUCCCUUGGAAAUUAGGGCAGAAAUUGUAAAUCGGGUUAAAGGCGGAUGUGCACCUCUAUUUAUUGCAUGCAAAAGGGGCCAAACGGAUGUGGUGGAGUAUUUAAUUACGGUCUGCCAGGCGAAUCUUGAACAAAAGGGGUUGUAUGAAGUUCCAGAUGAAAGAUCUGUUCACUACGCUACGCCCUUAUGGUGUGCAGCGGUUUCGGGGAAGCUGUCAGUUGUGCAGCGGCUAGUUCAUUAUGGAGCCGAUAUUAAUUCAGUUUCGGACACGGGCUCCACUCCUGUUAGAUCUGCGUGUUUUAUGACACAUUUAGAAAUUGUGCAUUACUUAGUCGAACAUGGUGCUGACAUCAAUCGUGCCAAUUACAAUGGCGGCACUUGCCUAAUAAAUUCUGUUCAAAGCGUAGUGCUGUGCAAUUUUUUACUGAAUCAUGGCGCAAACGUCAAUGCGAGAGAUAUUCAGAGUAAAACUGCUUUACACUAUGCAAUUCAGGAACAUAGAUUGGAAACAACUCAAUUAUUGAUAAAGCACGGAGCUGAUUACUUCGCCAAGUCCAGAUUUGGUGAUGACGCUUUGAGAACCGCCUGCCUAAAGGGCGCUAUACGAAUAUUCGACUAUCUCAUUAACACUAUAGACUAUGCAACUGAGGUGCUAGUAAAUGCUUACGAGUUAUUAGGAUCGACUUUUAUUCAUGAACACAAUGACAUUGUUGGUGCUUUGCACCAUUGGAGGACGGCAAUAUAUCUGCGCGAAAGUGAAUCAAAUCUACUGCCUAAAACACCAAUUAUGCACCCAAGAGCAUCAUUUCGUUAUCAAAAAGAAUUUGCAUCCUCCGAAGAGUUGGAUAAUGCAAUGACUGAUUUAGAUUCAAUUCGAAUACAAAGUUUACUUGUAACGGAGAGAAUUCUUGGACCAUAUCACAAAGAUACAGUGUUUCGUUUGAUGUUUCGUGGCGCUUCGUAUGUUGACGUGUUGCGAUUUCAACGUUGCAUCGACUUGUGGCGUAGGGCUUUGGAGAUUCGAAUAGAAAAGGAUACAAUUUUAUAUUCUGAUACGUGCUUUACCGCACAAGCGUUAGUGAAAUUGAUGGUCGACUUUAAUGAAAGAUGUAAAAAUAACGAGUUAGCCGAAUGUAAUGACGAACAAAGGUUUGAGGAUGUAAUAGCGGUCUAUGAACUGCUGGUUGAAGAUCUCGAAGAGGCGCGAGAGUUGGCCAUUGUUCAACCCUCUCACAAGCGGCAAGUGGAAGGGUUUGAUCGAAUUUUAAGAUGUAUCACACAUCUUAUUUAUUUAAUGAUACAAAUCGGUAACACUUACGAAAAGAAAGUUUUUAUACAGCGCCUAGUUGUGAAUAUUAGGCGAAUUAAUCCCAAAACGAUCACCACUGAAGAUUCUCUUUUACACUUGUGCGUCUCUAAAUUAAACACAUUACGUUCUAAUUACUUCAUGGACGAGGAAUCGAUUCCAAUUUUUCCUCAACGCGACGUAAUUGAACUGCUUCUAGAUUGUGGUUUUGAUGUCAACGCACGAAACGGAUCAAAUUCUACCCCUUUACAUAUCGCGUCCUCGUCAUAUAAUUUUAAUUCAUGGUUAAUUAAAUUGUUAUUAGACUAUGGUGCACAUAUCGAUCAACCAAAUUCCUCGGGAAAGCGACCGACUGAAUUAUUGGCUUUGAAUCCGCUAAAUGAUGUUUACGUAUUAAAUUAUAUUACGCUGAAAUGUUUGUGCGCGACCGUUAUUAAUAAAUACAAGAUAUGUUACAGGAAUCAAGUUCCGAAAUCUUUAGAGUAUUUGAUUCAGCAGCACGAGCAUUAGGAAUUUUAUUUAUUGAUUGUUUACUAUUUCUGUUUGUAUUUUAUUUUAUGUAUGUACCAUAAUGCACAAAUUUUAUGUGAUAUUUUCUGUCAAAUUGUUUGUGUCAAAUUUUUAUCUAUAAUAAUGAGAUUCUUGAAUAAACACUUCCAUUUUU